ACUGAUGAUGAUGGAAGAGUGGGCUGAACAGGUCAAUGUGUGCCAAAUAGACUAGAAUCGACGCCAUUUUAUAUUCAGUUGUAGCGUGGAUCUGAUUCCAAUCGCAAGUGAUUUUUAAGCAGUUCAAUAGAACACUCUCAUAGGUUGAAAAAUGUCUCGAUAUCGAGAAUGGGAUCUAUCUUGCAAGGUUUAUGUUGGUAAUUUAGGCAGCAGCGCUAGCAAACAUGAGAUUGAAAGCGCAUUCAGUAAGUAUGGUCCACUAAGAAAUGUGUGGGUAGCUCGAAAUCCUCCUGGUUUUGCAUUUGUGGAGUUUGAAGAUCCACGAGACGCUGAAGACGCCGUAAGAGGAUUGGAUGGAACACGAUGUUGUGGCACCAGAGUAAGAGUGGAGAUGUCUUCUGGGAGAAGUCGCCGUGGUGGUGGCGGUCGCAGACCUGGACCUCGUUAUUCUAGGUCCAGGUCGCACAGCCCCCGUAGGAAAUCCCUUGGUCGUUACCCGAGAUCCUGGUCGAGAAGUCCGCAGAGAGCAUCGAUAAGCCGUUACUCCAGAUUCUACCAGCGUCAGCUCCUAGCUCUGCUCGUCUCCCCGCCACUACUACUACCACUACUUCUACUACUACUACUACUACUGCUACUACUACUUCUACAGCCGCCGUGAAAAAAGCGUAUUAUUACGCGAACAAAAAAAAAGCAAAUCGUCAGUCUCGCAAUCGUCAAUCGAACAAAACUGAACAAAAAAUAUGCCUGCCUGCCCACUAACUUCCCAACCAAGUCACCAUCAGUCACCACCAAGUCACCGAGUAUAUAGGAAGCCGUCCGUACGUCUGUCACGUCACGUCACGUCACGUCACGUCGCCCGUCGAUGUUGUGCGUUGUGGUGUUGCGACGUGCACACAGCACACAACGGCGCAACAACCGAAAACAACAGUUUCCGUGUGCCGUCACCGCUGCCGGAGUAUCGCCAAUGCCCGAGACUGC